UUACACCCUCUAAAACCCUCCCCCAUUUCCCGUCCAAUUAGGGUUUAUACACAACACACAAUCUCCACCGCCAUGAGCCUCCUCCGCCUCUUCCUCCGCCGCUCUGUCCGCCGGUAUUCCUCCAAUCCUUACCCCUUCCCUUCCCCCUUCCCCAAUAGUGAUAGCCCUAUCCCCAAUUCUCCUCCUCCGCCGAAUCCUACCACCAAUUUCACCCCCAAUCAGUUCUCCGCCGCCGCUCAACACUCCCAGCCCCAACCCGUGGAAAAUUCCUCCUUCAUCUCGCAGCGCUCCUACGGAUUCUCCUCCGCAGAGGAAGCCGCCGCCGAACGCCGCCGCCGCAAGCGCAGGCUCCGGAUCGAGCCGCCUCUCUACGCCCUCCGCCCCAACCCCCAAACCCCUCCCCCCUCCGCCGCCGAUGCCGCCGACAGAGCUCGCCUCCCCGAUUCGACCUCAGCUCUCGUCGGCCCCCGCCUCAACCUCCACAACCGCGUCCAGUCUCUCAUCCGCGCCUACGAUCUCGACUCCGCCUCCUACGUCGCCCGCCAAGCCGUUUUCCAGCGCGUCCGCCCCACCGUCUUCACCUGCAACGCCAUUGUCGCCGCGAUGUGCCGCGCCAAGCGCUACGACGACGCCAAAGCCCUCUUCCACUACUUCUUCCGCCAGGCGGGUAUUGUACCCAGCAUUAUUUCCUAUAAUUACCUAAUUGCGGCUCACUGUGAAUCGAAAGAGGUCGAUUUGGCGCUGGAAGUCUGCAAAGAGAUUCUAGAAAACGCUCCCUUUUGCCCCUCGGCUGUUACCUAUCGCCACCUGACGAAGGGGCUGGUCAACGCCGGGCGGAUGGAUGACGCUGUGUCUUCGCUUCGCGAGAUGUUGCACAAGGGCCACGGUGCGGAUUCUCUCGUUUACAACAAUGUGAUUCUAGGUUUCUUGAAUUUGGGGAAUUUAGAGAAGGCUAAUGAGUUCUUUGAUGAGUUGAAGGAGCGGUGUACGGUGUAUGAUGGGGUGGUGAAUGCGACGUUCAUGGAUUGGUUCUUUAAGCAGGGAAGGACAAAGGAGGCGAUGGAGUCUUACCGGGAAUUAAUGGCUAGGGAGUAUAGGAUGGUGCCUGCUACGCGAAAUGUGCUGCUGGAGACGCUAUUGAAGCACGGGAAAAAAGAUGAAGCUUGGGAGUUGUUUCAUGGCAUGUUGGAUGAUCACACACCGCCUACUUUCCAAGCAGUGAAUUCGGAUACUAUCAGUAUGAUGGUUAAUGAGUGCUUCAAGGAAGGGGAUGUUGAAAAGGCGAAGGAUGUUUUCAAGAGGACGGGUAAGGGAGCCAAGUCGAAGCCUUUUUAUAUGGAUGUGGCUGGCUAUAACAAUAUAAUUACGAGAUUCUGUGAGCUUGAGAUGAUGGAUGAAGCAGAUCAGUACUAUAAGCAGCUGUUGGAGAAGUCAUUAGUCCCUGAUGUUAAUACAUUUAGGACGUUGAUUGAUGCGUACAUUAAGGUAGACAGGGUCGAGAAGGUGAUUCAGAAGUUCACAGAGAUGGCUGAGUCGGGUUUGAGGAUUAUCCCUCCUUACGCGAAUAAGUGGUUUGCUUUCAUAAUUGAGAAGGGAAAAGCUUCUGAUUGUUUACCAAUUCUGUCGAAAAUUACUGAGAGAGAACCAAAGCCUGAUGUCAUGACCUAUGAUAUUGUGAUAAGGGGCCUUGUUCAGGAAGGUAAUUUUGAUGCCACUCCCAAUCUGCUGAGAGAGAUGAUGACUCAGGGAAUUGGAACUACGCCUUUGCUGAAGGAAUUUGUCUUGGGUGUUUUUGAUGGACUGGGUCGGCGGGUGGAAAUUGAGAAUAUUUUCAACUUUACACACCAGAGUCCUUAUCAAGGACCACGAGGUCCAUCAAGUGCAGAAAGGCCCCCUGCAAUGGCGGAACAAGGGGGGAGACCACCGGCAUUGCCUUGGCAAGCAGCUAAUCCUCGGCAGACGUCUAAUGCAAAUCAGUAUGCUCAACAGACUUCUGCAAAUCAGUAUGCUCAACAGACUUCUGGGAAUCAGAAUACACAACAGACUUCUGGGAAUCAGUAUGCUCAACAGAGUUACGGGAAUCAGCAUACAGAACAGGGUUAUGCAAAUCAGAAUGCACAACAAGGUUAUCCAACUCAGCAUACACAACAAGGUAAUGCGAAUCAGUUUGCACGACAUGGAAGUCAGCCUCAAAUGAUGCAGGAGAUGGCACAUUCACAUCCAAUGCCAGAGCAGGAAGUUGAGUACCGCUAUGCGGCAGGGAGAAAUGGAGCUUAACUUAAACCGGAUGAUUGAAUUCAAUUCGAUUGUUUUCAAGUAUUUAAAGGUAUUUAUUAGUUUUCUGUUUGAGCACGCAACUUUGGCUCCAUGGAGACCGCAAAUUGACAAGAGCAUGAUCUUGAGAAAUUUUUGUUAGAGUCAUUUUUGUGUAGCUGAUUAUAGGUGGAAAGAUGAUUCUAGCUCCAUGUUCUUGAGUAUAUUUCUGAUCUGAAACUCUUCAGUAUAAGGAUUAAAGGGUUCGUGACUGAUGAUAAUAAUUUUAUCAAUAUAUUGUGUAUUGUAGUCA